AUGCGUUACAAUGCAUUAUCGAAAUGGCUGAGCGACGAUAGAAAUCUACAACUAGACUCCGACAAAAUAGUUACGGCAUGGAAAACGUAUGUGGAACAACUGUUUACACUGAGCAUUGAUGAUGCUGGCCCUUCUAUUGUAAAAUCGGAAAUGGAGAAAGCUAUAAAGGGUCUUAAAAACAACAACAGACCAGAGGAACGUAUUCAGCGGAUAGACGUGAAUAUGAUGAGGCCAGAAAGUUUUGUUGAGGAACUGCAAAUAAUCAUUAUGGAAACCGCCGAGAUGAGAGGAGUACGCGAACAGAGAGAUUUGACAAGUGAAUGGAAGCAGAGUUUGGAAGAAGUAAAAGAGAUUAGAAGAGAAAAUGAAGUAAUGAAAACUAAAAUCAGGGUGCUAGAAUAUAAACUUAAAACUAUGGAAAAGAAAGAACGUCGAAAUAACAUUAUUGUCACCGGAUUUGACACUGCAAGAGAUACUAAAGAGCUAAAAGAAGAUAUAGAGAAUCAGUUGCAAACUUUUCUUGGAGCAAAGUGUGAAAUAAAAGAGAUAACGAAACUGAAUAAGAGAAUGUGCAAGUUAGAAUUGGGUACAUAUGGUGAUAAAGCAGACAUAAUGAAAAAUAAGAACAAGUUUAGACAUAUUAAAGGAAGAAAACUUUUUAUUGAUGAUGACUAUACGAUCCAAGAAAGAGAUAUUCAAAAACAACUAAGAGAAUAUGCAAAUGAACAGAGACAAAAAGGUAAUGUUGUAAAAUUUAAAUACCAGAAGAUCAUUAUAAACGAUGAAAUAUGGAAAUGGAAUAUGGAAACUGGCACAAUUGAAAAAGAGAGCAACAGAGCUAAUCCAAAAAAUAAGUCUAACUUGACGGGAAGAACCGCAAAAGACAUUACAGAACUUUAUGUGGAGCUUGAGGAAAAUGCGAAAGAAAUAGAGCUAGCCGUCAACGUAGAUAAAACUAAAGCCCUAAUACAAGCAAGAAAACAACGAAGCUUACAUAAUUUGACAAUAAACGACGCUAACAUUGAACUAGUAAAACAGCUCACAUAG